AUUUUAUUUUUACUACCACUGCAUACCAUCGCCAGUUAUCCAUCUAGAUGGAAUUGCAUUGCCAUCGUAGCCAACGGACAGCUGUAUGCCCAAGAUGCCUCAGCUUGGUGCAACCCUUUCAUCUGACAUAACCCUGCUUUUCUUGUGCCACAGCCUCCUCGAGGAGAUCCACAAGAACUCCCAUCCUUGCCGCAAGAUCGAUUACGUCCGCGAUGACCUGUCCAAGGUCGGCGUCAUGGACGCUGGCAACCAAAAGUCCCGCUACGGCUACAACGGCGUCCUUAUCACUCGUCCCACCUUCUAUAACAUCCUCCUAUCCAAGGUUCCUAAGGAGAAGAUCCAGUGGGGUAAGCGCAUGAUCGGCCUCAAGCAGGACGAACACAGUGUCGAGAUCGAGUGCGAAGACAACUUGGUUGUCCAGACUGGCGAGGAAGGUGCUGCCAAGCCCAAGGUCCUGUUCAAAGGUGAUAUCUUGAUCGGUGCCGAUGGUGCAUACUCGUCUGUGCGUCGCCAUAUGUACCAGGCCAUGAAGGACGAGGGUAUUGAGUUGCCCGAAACCGAUAUGGCCCCUCUGCGAUUCGACUCCAACUGUGUGGUCGGUGUUACUGAGGAGCUGACGGAAAAGGAAUAUCCAGCUUUGGGAAACAGAUCCGGGGACUUUUAUGUCAUCAUCGGCAAAGAAAGAGCCAUCCAGGUGUACCUGUUCACUUUUGCAGAGAACAGACUAGGAUGGCAGAUUUGCGGACAGAUGGACAAGCCCGAAGAAUACGACGAAAAAGACUUCCGCUUCAGCGACUGGAAACCCACGGCUGCGGAUGAACUUUGCGAGAUGGUCCGUCACUACAAGAACCCUUAUGGUGGCACGGUCGGCGAUCUCAUCGACCGCACCCCCAAGGAACGUCUCUCCAAAGUCAUGUUGGAGGACAAGUACUUCUCAACCUGGUUCCACAAGCGCACUGUCCUUAUGGGCGACGCCUGCCAUAAGCAUCUGCCCUUUGGUGGCCAGGGUGCCAACCAGGCCAUCCUGGACUCGGUGCAUCUCGUGAACCAGCUGUAUGGCAUACCCUCGAACUCACUGGCAGAUAUCACAAAAUCCUUCCAGGCUUACUAUGACUACCGUAGCCCUAAUGCGAAGGAGGUCUUCAAGAGUACCACCAUGGUUGCCAACGUCCUCAGCGCUCGCGGGUUUGUCUCGGACAUGGUGCGUUUCGUUGCUUUGGGCCAUCUGCCCGAAUUUAUCAACAACCUGGGUAUGGAUGGCAUGAACACGGAUCGUCCGUACCUCUGCUUCCUCCCUCCUCCUCCCGGUCAAGGCACCGUCAUGCCCACCCCCCAGGCUGUUCCUGUGCAUUACAAGGGAGGCCCUAUGGCAGCUGCUGUACCAGUUGGAGACCAAUAAAGUUUUUUAAGUUUGUAUAAUUUUCAUGGAUACCGCAGCAGCUUUUCAAGUGUGUGUUGCACAGAGAUGACGACGGCACACGCACGCUCUUUCCCUUCCCUUUUUCUCU